CCAGGUUGCGGUAUCUAUGAGGCACACGGUAUACGGUAGUAUUCUGCUAAUCCUCAUCUUGGUACUUCACUUUCUGGUAGGAUUUUGUAUUUCGAUGACUAGAAAUGUGAACACCUCACUCUCAAGAAUAGAAUUUACCCUCCACGAUAAAAUCGUGGCGAUAGUGGCAAUAAUUUCGUGGAACGUACUCGGCUCGCUCAACGUAUUUCAGUCCAUCUGGAUCACUUUUCCAAUUCAAGUGGUCAACGCGUGUUUGGAAAUGGUUGAGGAAGAAUUAUCCAAAUUUUGUCACGGAAAUGAGGAAGUUGCAUCACUACAGAAUUUGUUCGUUAUCGUGAAGAAAGUCGGCAGAGAUGACCCUCCGCCACGAAAGGUACUACGAGUCUUGGACGAAAAUAGGUUACGUCUCUGCCUCUUGAAUUAUCACAGAGUUGUCAAAAUUCUAAGAAAUUAUGAAAAGUUGGCCUCGAAUAGGAUGGCGUUUGAAAUAGUGUACAAUUCCCUGCUGAUCUUAUGUUACCUAUUUAUCGGGAUUAUCUGGGGUGCAAAUGGCGAGCUCAGUGCUGCCAUGUCGCGAAUAGUCCCCGUUGUUCUUUGCAUUAAAAUCAUAUAUCACCUGGGGACGGAAGCAGGGAAACUGGAGACCAACCAAAAAGCUAUUCUUCGAGUAGUGUGUCAAAUUCAGCAGGAUGAAAUGAGUGAAGAGAUGACGUGUAAGGUGACAAAUCUGAUUCACGAAUUGAAUGGCGAUCCCUUGAGGAUCGAACCGGGGUUAUUCUUCACAAUGAAUAGGCGUUUGUUGACUUCGAUUUUAUCAGCCAUACUUACUUUCCUCGUUGUUUUGGUACAAUUUCGGGAUGGUGAAUAAAUAAGGUAACGAUGCAUAUGCACCAUUGUUUCUUAAUUGCAUAUGCACCAUUGUUUCUUAAUUGCAUAUGCAUGUAAGUUUUCCGCUGGACAUUAUUUGUUUACAUGA